GGCCGCCCUUCCGCUGCCUUGCAGCUCUGCGAAAUGGCGGCGUCCAGGGGGCGGCGGCUGCUGGGGCAGGGCCGGUGCUGGUUUUCGCAGACGGAGUCCGCUGCCCCCCCGCAGCCUGCCGACUCGCUCUACCCGCCCGUAGUGGCUUCCGCCACGGCGAAGAGCAAAGCGGCCAAGCGGCGGCGCCUGGAGCAUUUCCACCAGCGGGUGCACGCGGCGGCCUCGGUGGAGGAGAAGCUGCGGCUCUACGGGCAGCGGCAGCGGCCCAAGUACAUGGUUUACCCGCAGACCUUCGCCCUCAACGCCGACCGCUGGUACCGGAGCUUCACCAAGACCGUCUUCCUGCCGGGGCUCCCCCCGAGAGCGGUGCCGGCAGCCGUGAAGGCCCCGGGAGUGGUGGCGCCGGAGGCCGCGAAGGCCCCGGAGCCCGCGGCGGCAGUGGCACCCGAGGCCGCCGAAGCCCCGGAGCCGGGAACGGCGGCACCGGCGGCUGCGAAAACCCCAGAGCCCGCGGCGGGAGCGGCGCCGUGCCUGGAUAUGGGCGAGCUGCGGUCGCUCGCCUGCGAUGCCCUCCUGCAGGAGAGCUUCUACCAGAACAAGAAGCGGCCAUUCCUCUACCGCGAUCAGGAUCACACGCCCGGCCCGUUCCUUACGCAGCUCGUCUCCACUCUCGCUGCUUCCCUUUGCGGUCGCAACCCACUGCUGGCUGCCUCCUCCCUUGAUCUAAAACCUGAAGUUCACUAUUACUGGCAUCAUGGUGAGGAAGUUGUUGUUCAUGGACAUCGAAAGGGUAGAGUUGAUCCUGUGCGAUUUCAGAUAGAUGAUAAGCCCCACCUCCAGAUCCGUGUACCAAAGCAACUUCCAGAGAUUGUACUGCUGGAGUCAGAUCUUGGAGAUGUUCCAGUUAUUGAUCACAAACCAUCCAAACUGCCGUUGUUCAAAAAGCAGUAUGAAAACAAGGUAUUUAUAGGAUCAAAGGUAGCAGAUCCAUGCUGUUACGGACACACCCAGUUUCAUCUUAUUCCUGAUAAGCUAAACCGGAAGAGGUUUAUAAGAGCAAAUCUUGAGGAUCAGAUUGAAGUUGUUUAUCGAGCUAAUGGUAUUGCAAGUCUCUUUGCCUGGACAGCAGCACAAGCAAUGUAUCAAGGAUUCUGGAAUGAAGCAGAUGUGACCCGUCCUUUUGUAUCGCAGGCAGUAGUGACUGAUGGAAAAUACUUUGCUUUCUUUUGUUACCAGCUGAAUACUUUAGCACUAACUGCAGAAACUAUUCAGAAUAACCCUCGGAAGAAUAUCUGUUGGGGUACUGAUAGUAAGCCAUUGUAUGAUGUUGUGGAAAAUGGUAGUGUGAAAGGCUUUAAUGAUGAAGUUCUGCUUCAGUUGGUUCAUUUUCUGUUAAACAGACCAAAAGAGUUGUAAAUCAUUAAAAAAUAAAAUAAAGUGUUCCUGUUUAUGUGCCUGGACUUCAUUGUAACUCCAUGAAGUACGGGCUGGAAUAUGCCUUGUUCUUAGUAAAGUAUUUGUCUAGCAAACACUAUAUGCAUAUUUUAUGAUAUUUGGGCCUUAUUUCUUUAUGUUAAAUGUAUGACACUGUACACUGAAAAAUAAAUGUCUAGAAUUA